AUGCCUUCCUCAGCUACCAUCCCUCUCUACUCUGCUCCUAUAGCGUCUACAUCAUCCACACGAGCUGCCAUGUGCUUGUGUACAUUCCACCACUACCCCUGCGGACACAUUGCAUCGUUCACCUUUGAGAGCUGUAUCGAUACAACCAACUUUCUGCGCGCAAAUAUCAACCCACUUAGCCAUCAGAACAUUAAAAAGCUCGACUUGAUAAAUGCAAGGCAUCCCCAUCGUUGUUUCAAGUGUGAGAGGAACCUGAGAGACACACCAUCGUCCAACAGCAACGAGUCGGUGAAAGCAGCAGAUUCGAAAUAUAUACCGCUUGAGGGGGACACGGCAGACUUCCCCAUCGUAAGCAACGAGGUGGUCAUAGCAUCUAUGAAUCAGAGCAGCUAUUUCUCAGAUUGGGAUGCUGACAUUUCCGGCUCGGACGCGCGCCCUGCGCCCUUCACGUCACGCGUUAGCAAGCUGUGUCGGUUAGGGAGACGCAGAAAGCAUAGGCGCAACAAUGAUAUUCACCGUCACUCAACAGUUGCACCUCAUCGCGUGCCUUGUCUGAGCCGCAGGAUCAAAACUAUGUCUAAGGACAUCGCAGCCACCGCUGAGGAGGAUCCCGGAUACGAGGCUGAAGAUGACGAGCGCGGUCGAAACAUCCUCAAGCGCAGGAAGUAUCCUCCGAGAUGCAUUUAUGAACUCCUCGGAUCGGUUCCUGAACCUGAUGAAUCUGAAUACGAUACCGCGCCUGAGUCUUCUUCGCCUCCGAGCGAGGGAGAUUCGUCGAAUCUCUCGCACGAAAGAUUACUUACUGCUAUGGAGGCGGGGACCAUGAACCCCGGAUAUGGGCCUUUCUGUCACAUAGCUGUUCAAGCACCUACACCUCAUCGUCCAGGGACCAGACCAAAAUUCUUAACCCACACGCGAGGAUACUAUGUCACAGCCGUGCUUGUAAGCUCUAAUCCCUGGGGAUCGGUAACGAUCUAA